AAAAAAAGAGAAAAAACUGAAUGAUGCAAGAAGUUCAGUUCAAAAAGAAUAGGCCUACUGUGGCUAAUAAUGUAUUGAUAAAUGAACAACAUCAGUUAUAAUUAUAAAGAUAAUUUCAAAUUUGAAUAAUUCUAAUAGACUUAAAUAUUUCGAAAAAAUUAUAACAAAAAAAAAGAUCUUACUUAUAAUAGUCGGACACAGAAACUGAGCAAUAUAGUGGGGUGAUGAAACGAAUCAUGAUGCUCGAGAUGUCACUUGGUGUUGUUUGGUAUGUGGUGAUAGCAUGAUGAGUGAGUGGGUAGAAGGAGCGUGAGAAAGAAAGAGAGGGAUAUUUAGAGGUAUUUUCCUCUACGAUUGUAUACUCGUGUAGUGAGAAAUAUUCUUUUAAACUCAAAGUACUCACGAUGGAUCGUGAAUUAGUGGAAAAGUUUAUUGAAGUGACGGGCGAGAAUGAGGCGACGGCUCAACAGUACUUGGCGCUGACUGAUGGAAAUGUGGAGAUGGCGAUCAGUUUGAUGUUCGAGGGUAGCAGACCACCAGAAACCGAAAAUGCGAAUCCCGAGCCACCAGUGAGAGCUCCGAUAUUGCCCACGCGUGAAAUCCUGGUGCCGUCAGAGCCAGUGUGUUCAUUGCCACAAUUGUCGAAUAAUGUAUUUGAUAGAUUUAGAGAUUUUGCAGUAGAAACCCAACGACAAGAAGAAGAGAUGACCCGUAGAGUAACUGGUACAAAGAACAUGUCUCAAAAGAAGACAAAGCGACUGGAAGAUUUGUUCCGACCACCAUGUAAUAUUCUCUUUCUGGGUUCCUUUAUGGAAGCACGUGAUCAUGCCAAAACAUUGAAUCGCUGGUUGCUUGUCAAUGUUCAGAAUCCACAGGAAUUUAGUUGUCAAGUUCUUAACAGAGAUGUAUGGCCAAAUGAACAUAUCCAGGAGAUUAUAAAAGAUCACUUUAUCUUGUGGCAAGUUUUAUCUAAUUCUUCAGAUGGAAGACGUUAUAUAGACUUUUACAAUGUAGUGGUUUAUCCUUACUUAGCAAUUGUAGAUCCUAGAACAGGAGAAUGUAUGAAAACUUAUAAUAACAUCACUGUGGAUAGUCUAAUAUCUGAUUUAAAUGAUGUAUUAAGUACACAUCCAUCUCCAGAAAGCACACAUCCAUCUCCUACACAAGUUACAUCUAACACUAAAGAUUGGAAUAAUUUUCCCACGACGCCUCCAAAACGAAACAGUUUAGCUGAUCAACUGAAGAAUGAAUGCGGUCCUAGCAGCAAAACUUCUAGACUUUUGUCAGAAAAAAUUGUAGAUUCUGGAAACGAGAAUGUGGUAUCUGAUAAUGUUACAAAUUUGAAUGCUCCAAGUAGUAGCAAUGCUGUUUUUAAUAAAAAGAGAAGGCUGAAUGAAUGUGCAGCUAAUCAGCAGCAAAAAGAUGAAAAAUUAAAAUCAGAUACAGUUAAACCUGAAACAAACGACGAACCUUUCCUACGGCUCUGCCUACGACUGCCAAAUGGUGCAAAGGAAACAAUAUCAAUGUGUGCAACAGAUACUAUAGAAGAUUUUUUGGUUAAAAUGGAAGAAAUGGCUUUUCCAUCAACAGAAUAUACCUUUUUGGUACCGUUUCCGAAGACAAAUGUUGGUGCACUGUCUUUAAAUACUCGUCUGUUAGAUACAAUUCUAUUUCCAACAAACACAGUCUUCAUAACGAAGAUAUAGUAAUAUUCUAUGAUUCACAUAAUUGCUUCCUAAUUAUAAUUUUUCAAUUUAGAUUUUUCGUGAAACAAUAUUCACUUAAAAAUUUUUGCUUUUUUUUUAUUGUUGCUACGAAAAUUUGUAAAAAUUGUAUAGCUAAACUUUUAGAAACAGAUGUGUUCCUUAAAAUUGAAAAAACAUAAUUGAUUAAACAAGUUUGUUACGUUUAUUUAAGUAUAACUAAAAGGAUACGACAUCUUUUCAUAUAAGACAAAUGAAUAAGCACUGCCAUUCAGUGUUCAUGUCAUACGAAAAAUUUGCAUUCAAUCUUUCUAUCUUAAAAUAUAAAAUAUUUAAGAUUAUUGCGACUUAUAAGAGAAAUCACUUACAAAUGUAUGUAAUUACUGCCGAACUACCAUCGUAUAUUACUUUAGACUUUUAUCAUUACUAUUUCUGAAAAUGUUAUAAGUGCCGUCCAUAAUGGCAUAUAACUGUUGUUACACAUUUUUAUGAAAUAUCAAAUGGCACAUAAA